AUGCCUCCUUACGCAAUGAGCGCCAUCGACGACUCCUCGGAUGUCGGUGUCUCGCGUGGCUUUAGGCCUGGACGUUCCGGCGUCACGGCUGCCAACCACAGCGAGCACAAGAAGCCUGUCAAGGGCCAUCAGCACGACACUGCUGUCGCCCACAUCGCCGAUGACAACGGCCGCAAGAGUCACAGCCUGUUGCGCCACCAGGCCAAGCCGUCUAAGCUUGCCAGCCUGAUUGACGACAGCUCCGACAUUGGCGACCGCAAGCCUAGCAAGAAGCACGCGGCUCACCCGGCCAAGAACAAGAACGAAUUUGACGAUGUCGACCCCGGUGAGGAGGAAGCUUUCAAGCGCCUCAUGGCCAAAGUCAAGAAAGCUUGCAAGACCGGUAGUGUCGAGACCGAGGACGGCAAGUGGAAGUACGAUCUGCACCUCGUCCGUGGCAACAAGACCCACAGUCUGCUUAAUGGCAGCGCCGUCAACGACUCUAGCUCGGCCAAGAACAAGGUCUCUUCUCGCCCUGGCAACGUUCCUUCGGGCACGCUCAAGCAGACGAGCGCUCCCCAGGAGCACGCCGGUCUGACUAGGCACGCCAAGCCUGCUGUUUGUAGCAAUCAGAAGGUUACCGUUAGCGACCACGUCGGCGGUGUGCCCGUGUUGACUACGCCUCGCAAGCGAGAGGUUCUCGUCGCUCAUGAGAUCACCGACGAGGAGCGCGCUUCCAAGCCUACGGCUCAUGUCGUUCAUAAGAAGUAUUCCGACCCCAAGGGCAAGAUGCCCCGCUACGGAAUUCUGAUCCCCGGCGCUGACGGUAAGAUUCGUCUUGUCAACAGCGCCAACGGUCCUGUUCUCACCUGCCGUGGAGCUGAACCUCGUCGCUCCCGCCCCGUCAAUGUGAAGCCCACUCCUGUUGCUCAGCCUCCGGCCCCGGCCACUGAGGAUCGCACCAACUACCAAGCUCCGACUGUUGAGUCUGCCUCUGACUCUGGCGACCUUGCUGGUUUGUUCGACUAG